AUGUUUAGUGGAAUUGGCAAGUAUAUAAAUGCAUUGAGACGUCUAGGCGCUAUGCAAGUUCUUGGCAACUCCCAAAUAUGCAUGUCGGAAGACUGCACCAGCGCCAGACUACUCAAAGCUGUCCAAUUUGACUUAUCAAUGCCUAUCCGUGAGCACUUGGAACCAGCUGAGAUAAUGGCAUCUCUAUUGGCUGCUAUCGCUCAUGACAUGGAUCAUCCGGGCGUGAAUCAACCAUUCCUGAUUGCCACAUCCAAUCAUCUCGCUGCCCUUUACCAGAACACAUCGGUUCUGGAGAAUCAUCACUGGCGCUCAGCGAUUAGCUGUCUCAUCGAGAGUGGGCUGCUGGACCGUGACGUCCGAGUCAAGCUGGAAAGACAGAUCAGCUCUUUGAUCCUCGCCACAGACAUUACCCGGCAGCAGGAGUACCUGAGCCAGUUUAAGAUUUUGUUGCCACACUUUUACAGUGCUGACUACUGUGCUCACAUUAGGCUCACAUCACGUAGUCAUACAUCUGAAAUUAUGAUAUCAGAUAAAAUUAGUGUUUAG